AUGAGCGGAAGGGAUCCUAGUGACUCGGCGCCGGUAAGUACAGCUUCCGGCGCUGGGUCGACGAACCAUGCGCAAGAUACCCGGACCAGCAGCCGCUCCGAUAAGCCCGCGACAUUGACAGUCACAGGACAAGAGUCAAGGAUCAGCCCAGAAAAGUCACUCUCGCCGCGUAUGGGCACAGGCCGCAAGGCGGCACUCUCCUUGCAACUAUUUAUGGCGACACAAACGCCAGGUACGACGACGCCUACAGUGUCACCCGUGCCUAGUAUCGACACAGCGUCGGAGUCGACGUCGUGUGUGCCGGAACUAUCCGAAGGCCAGAUGACAGCGCCUGCGCAACCAAUUCAAGCGGGCCCGUCAGGGAGUGCGACUGGGCCCUCGAACUUCAAUCCAAGUCCGUGCACGGAGUCCGCCGAGGGCCAGGCAGACCUGACCAAUAUGAUGAUGUAUGAGAACCCGGAUGACUCCAAGGAGUCUCAUGCGCCAACCCUGUACGAUACUUCAACAGAUGAGAGCACGUCGGACAGUGACACAGCGAGCGACCAGGAAACGGCAAGCGAGCGCACAUCGUCGCAGCUCGAUCGAUACGCGGACCUGGCGGGGUCUUUAAGGCCUUCCAUUGCGAUCCCAUCACCUAGCCUCGUGCCCGACGGAUCACAACCGUCGCACUCUCGUCGCCAUCAUCACCAUGUGCAGGAUUCGAGUGAGCCUCCUCCAAGCGUCGUACAGCUUCAGCCAUUCCACCAUCAAGUCGGUGGACACAGUCACAUUUUCCAGUUUUCACGCCGUGCCGUUUGCAAGCCACUGACGUCACGAGAAAACCAGUUUUAUGAGGCACUCGAGCGCGAUCAUCCCGAUAUGUUAGCGUUUGUGCCGCAGUACCUAGGCGUUCUGAAUGUCACUUACCGCCAACUCCAUCGUGCACAGGAAUCGGAAGAAGCUGGAGCAGGUACUAGUUCAGCUUUUGCCAGCGCUACACCGCAUCGAAAAGUGUUCGAGGGGCAAAAGGAUAUGAAGAAUGAAGUGCCUGAGGUAGAGAUUGACCGGAACCAGCAUAUCUUGCCCGAGUGGCUUGUCAGGCAAUCGCGCAAGAUGGACUGCCCGGUCAGCUGUGACAACGAGUCGAGCUGCUCCUCGUCGGAUCCUUUAAUCUAUGGCAAGGGUAGGACGCUUGUGAACAGGCGCCUUCAAGAGCAGGUUAUCCGAGAGGUGUUCAGUCAAAGCAGAACACGGCACCACCGUUCGAAGCGCUCCACCCCUGAAUCCCCAGGCACUGAGCAACGGUUUGUCAAGUCUUGGGACGACGACGAUCGCAUGGAUGGACAGCAUAUGCGUGGUGCCGUGGAGGCAUGGCGCCAGAAUCGACAUAACAGCAGUGACAGUGCAUGGCCGUCGCUAGCCACUGACAUUGACUCGGUGCUUCCCGAUUCUUCAGAGCCGCCACUGGCCGUGCCUGAUGCACUUGAGGCGCCGGAAGCCUCUGUGCCUAAAGUGAAUCCAGUGCAUGCGCGCCAGGAGCAAUUUAUUCUCCUCGAGGACCUCACUGGCGGGCUGAAAGCGCCGUGUGUGUUGGACCUCAAGAUGGGCACGCGGCAGUAUGGCGUGGACGCCACAGAUGCGAAGAAACGAAGUCAAACGAACAAGUGUAAUAAAACCACAAGUUGCACGCACGGUGUGCGCAUAUGUGGUAUGCAGAUGUACGAUGCACGAACGGAACAAUUUGAAUUUCAAGACAAGUAUUACGGACGUGACGUGAAGGCAGAAGAGUUCACCGCGGUGCUCGAGCGGUUUUUCCAUAAUGGAUACCAAGUUUUAAUCCACCACGUGCCUGUCAUGGUGGACAAGCUUCACCAGCUGGCACGACAUGUGUGUAAGCUCAAGGGAUAUCGUUUUUACGCAAGCAGUCUGUUACUUAUCUACGAUGGCGACCUGCGACGGCAGAAUGCGUUGCUUCAAAGUUUUGAGGCAAAACUACCUGGCGCGACCGGCCACCCCUACGUCCUGUCGCGGUCUACACACUCAGACACGAGUGAUGUGUCUUGCUCGGCGACGGGAGCUAGUGAAGCGCUCGGAUGUCUGUCCCUGUCUGAGCCCAAAGGUGUCUCGACCGAGUCGUCGAGUGCCGCCACCCCGUUACUGACGCUGCCAACGCCAGCAGGGACUGACUCGGAACAGGCACCGGAUCCAGCAAUGCACUGUCGACGGAGCGGGCGCCGGGGUCACAUGAAGAUCCGUAUCAUUGACUUUGCGCACUGCACGACGGGCUCCGACUUUUACUUCCCCGAGGAUCAUGGCGGCAAGCCACCAUCAACGGCGGAGGAACAGGCACUGCCGAUUGGCCGGCAUCCCCCGGCGCAUCGCGACCAGCCAGAUGCAGGCUAUCUGUGGGGUCUGCGAUGUCUCACGCUGGCGUUCCAUGAAAUUUGGGAGCGUGAGCGUGCGCGGCGCAUCGGGCACGCUCUGGCCGGUCUGACGCGGCAGACAGCGCUCUCGGAACGUGAGCACGCGCUGCGCGAGGCCGAUAUUGGGCCAUUGGAUGUGCCAGGAGGAGACAUCUUUGUUCAACUGUUUGGCACCGGCGCGGACCAGCCAGGUGUGUUGAGCGGUUAUAGAUCUGCGUAG